AUGAAAGCUUUGGCAUAUUUGCUCGAUACUUUCGCCUCCGCACAACGGUUCUUGCCCACGCUUGGACUCGUCUCACUCGUUCUCUCCGGCUCAGCUGCAGUUGCAGAUCGAAAAGCAUUGAUUAUUGACACGGAUAUCUUCAGCGAUGUUGAUGACGCCGCUGCACUUCUUCUCGCUGCGACUGACCCUAGCGUCUCUCUUCUCGCCGUAAAUGUGAACUAUCCCUCUUCGUACUCUGCCCUUGCCACCUCGGCCCUCCUUGCACACUACGGACAUCCAAGUAUCCCCAUUGGCCUCCGCCGACCUAUCACAAACGAUACUUUCUUUGAUGACUGGGCAUAUGAACUAGGCGAGUAUACAAGCAAGGUGGCCUAUCAUUGGUCCGGUGGUUCUCUACCGUGGUUCAAACCUGAAGAUGCCUGGAUUCCCGUGGAAUUGUAUCGGAAGGUGCUUUCGGAGCAAGAUGACAACAGCGUGACCAUUGCGAGUAUCGGCUUUCUAGAAAAUCUCUCAAUACUCCUUAAUUCAACAGCGGACAAGUACUCGAUGUUGUCGGGCGUUGAACUUGUUCAGGCUAAAGUUGCGGAGCUAGUCGUCAUGGGUGGUGACUAUCCCUCCGGAUACGAAUUCAAUUUCUGGUCUGAUAAUCCUCUCGCGACCGCUCACGUCGUCAACACCUGGCCAGGUCGUAUAACGUACCUGGGCUCCAAAGUUGGAGAGGCCGUAUCUUCUGGUGCUAUCCUAACAACAAAAGGCCCGAUGAAUGAUCCGGUAAAGAGGGCGUUCGAACAUUAUAUUGGGUUCAACAGAUCACGGUAUUCAUGGGAUCCUUUGACAGUAGUGUAUGCUUGUCAAGGGCUCGGUGAGUGGUUCGAGUAUGGUGGAUCAGGAGGGUACAAUCACGUCUUUCCUAACGGAUCAAAUGUCUGGAUGGAAGGAGCAAAAGGGAAGGGACAGCAGUAUUUGAAAUUGAAGAUGGACAAUGAUACCAUCGCGAGGGAGCUGGAUAGUAUGCUCCUACAUGGAGCUAACCUCUUUGAUAAAUCAUAG